CAUUCCGAACGUCAAGGGUUCUGACAUGCUUUGCCGUCUUACCCAUAAUGUAUGCUUAAAACAAUAAUAACAGCUAGAGGUAGGAAGUACAGCACACGGUCGAUUCCAGGACGGACCCUUUUAAUGAGGUAGCUGUCGGUCCAAACGCUAACCGACCCUAAUAGGGGUCCCUGAUUAACAAUGCUCCGGAGUGGAAAGGUCCUUUUCCGUAUCCUCAGCUCCAGCUGCUCUGCCUCUGUGAGGUACAGUGCUUCAGGGAAGGCAUGGCUCACCCCCACAGGCUUCGACACGGGAAUAAAGACAUUUAACAGCCUGACCAAAAAGAAAGAAGCUCUGAUCUUGGCUAGAGAAGGAACCGCAACAUGGUACAGCUGUGGACCCACAGUGUAUGACCAUGCUCACCUGGGGCAUGCAUGUUCUUAUGUCAGGUUUGAUAUCCUGCAGAGGAUCCUGAGCAGGUUUUUUGGUAUCACUGUUAUCCAUGCCAUGGUCAUUACUGACAUUGAUGACAAGAUUAUAAAAAGAAGUUGGGAGGAAAAUGUGUCUCCAGCUGUGAUUGCUAGGAUGUAUGAGGAUGAGUUUAAGAGGGACAUGCUGUCAUUAAAGGUGGUUCCUCCUGCUGUGUAUCUAAGAGUCACAGAGAAUGUUCAUCAUAUCGUUGCAUUUAUUCAAGGAAUUAUCAGAAAUGGGCAUGCUUAUGCCACACCCGAAGGCAACGUAUAUUUUGACGUUCAGUCCAUAGGUGAACGUUAUGGGAAGUUUGUUGGAGCUGCAAGUUCUCAGGUAGAGCCGGGCACUUCAAAUAAACGGGACUCCAGGGAUUUUGCCCUGUGGAAGACGUCCAAACCUCACGAGCCGCACUGGGAAUCUCCAUGGGGCCAAGGAAGACCUGGCUGGCAUAUUGAAUGUUCGACUAUUGCCAGCCACGUGUUUGGGAGUCAGCUAGAUAUUCACUCUGGCGGGAUUGAUCUGGCCUUUCCUCACCAUGAGAAUGAGAUCGCUCAGAGUGAAGCCUUUCAUCGGUGUGGACAAUGGGCAAACUACUUCCUUCAUUCAGGUCACUUACACUUGAAGGGCAGUGCAGAGAAAAUGUCCAAAUCUCUGAAAAAUUAUAUUUCGAUCAAGGAUUUCCUACAAUCUUACUCUGCUGAAGAAUUUCGGAUGUUUUGUCUCAUGACCAAAUAUAGAUCUGCUAUAGAUUACAGUGACGGCAGUAUGUUGGAAGCUCGCACCUCUCUGGAAACCAUCCGCACCUUCAUCAGUGCUGCUCAGGCAUAUAUUAGGGGUCAGUUACCCUGUUCUCCUGUGCAGGAGGAUAUCCUGUGGCAAAGACUCGCUGAAGCCAAGUCUACCAUCGGGACGGCCUUAGCAGAUGACUUUGACACAUCCAAAGCCAUUGGUGCGCUGAUGAAUCUCAUUUAUCAUGGAAACUGCCAGCUACAGCCCACUACGUCAAGGGGAAUUGCACAGAGCCCUGCAGUAUUUGGUGCAAUGGUUACCUACAUCCAGGAUGUCCUGGAUAUGUUUGGAAUCGAGCUGCUACGCAGUAAGGAGGCGGAGGUGCUGAGCAGUGAUGGAAACUUCCAGUCAGUGGUAGAGCAUCUAACUCGUUUCAGAAGUGAAGUUCGUGCAUUUGCUCUCACCCGCCAUAACGAUGCAAAUAACAAACCAGCCCUGUACCCUGAAAGAGUCCCCCUAUUGGAAGCUUGUGAUACCCUCAGAAAAGAUUUGGUCCCCUUAGGGGUGGUGAUAAAGGACAGAGGAGAGGCGUCCACAUGGGAAAUAAAACCGAGUCGCAGAACGGCAAUGACUAGCAAACAUGAGGACAAAUGAUGGAUUAAAGGAAACUGUUAGAAAUGUUAUAGUCUUUCAUUUAUUUGUGAUCAAAUAAAGAUUUAUUUUCCAUGGCUGUCAUCCUUGGUUCAGGCCAAGUGAUGGAAGUUAUUACUUCCCGUUUGAUAGUAAAGGAUUAAUGAAAACCUCCGAUAUUAAAAAAAGGGAUUUUAAAUGAUGGAUUCGCUUGCUGAUAACAAGCUACUGAGCCUAUGGGACUGAUAACCACUAAUAACGACCAUUUAUUGGGAUAAUAUCCAAAGCGGCUGCAAACAGCCAGUUAGUAUUUACUGUGGGAUGGAAGACGGAAUCAAACUGAGAACAUGACACGAUGACCUGGUUCCAUCUAUUAGAAUGUUUUUAUUCAUCUUUACCUUCUGCCAAAGGAUUACCUCUAAAUAGAUACACUGAUCUACUUCACUUCAAUCUUAUCGUGGUCACAACAGGCUAUGGUAAUGCUGUUUUGAUAUGUAUUAGUUUGACCAAACCCGAGUUCCUUAUAUCUGACAUAAACUUUUUUUUUCUUGUCAAAAUUACCAUUUCAUCCAAAAUGACAUCACAUCUAGAAUAAACAUUCUUUGCAUCUAGAAAUUCAUUUCAGAUCUCCAUAUUCCUAUUUUAGUUAUCAUACAGGGUUUCUGCCGGUCAUUAAAAGUCAUUUAAUUAUAUUUUUAAUUAAGGCCUUAAUUGGCAUUAAAAUUUAUUAAAUGUGAUUAUCAUGGCAUUUAAAAUUGUUGUAAAAAAUUAAAAAACUUUGUCAAAUAUAUCAGAUUUAACUGGUUCCAUGUGUUUGCGUGGAACUGCUCCUGGUUGAUCCUAAAGCCGUAUGUUCGGAACAGAAGCUCGAGGCACAGAAAAAGAGAAUGGGGAAAAUGCUAAUUUUAACAUAAGCGGCUGGAAAACGAGAAAUUCGGGACAUAGCUGCAGCCUGUCGAUGGUAAAGAUUACGAAAGAUUUGGCCGUGUUAUAUAUAUAUAUGAGAGUAAUGGGUACUUAUUGAUGGCAUUAAAAUUAUGUCUAACAGCAUUAAAAAGCAUUAGAGUUCCUCCUUCCUGGAUAAACCCUGUCAUAGAUAUUGAGUCAAGCUGAUAAAUGUAAGAAGGGCCACUAAAAAUGUGUUAACCUUUCUAGGUAUUUACAACUUAAUUUCAGGGAAUAAAUACUAGGUAAAAUACUUUGCUUACUAUAACAAAAGAAUUAAGUUUCUACUGGAAAAAGUAAUUUAGAAUAUAUAGUUCAGUCUAUCAGUGUGAUUUUGAUCAGGAAGAAUCUUAUUUUAGUGAUCUACAAGAAGAACACCACAGAGUGCUUUUAAUAAAUGUAAAAACCGGUGUGAUUUCUCACAGGUGACACUAUUACUAAGAUUAACAGCUGUCCUUCUGGCAAAAGGAGGAUGUAGCAACUAUUACCAGCAGCAGGGGGAGCUAUAUAUCCCUGCUGGUAAACAGGAACUUUUAUGUCUUUUGAAAAUUCAAGCAUUCUUCGCUGCUCCACUGGAGCUUAGUGUAGUGAUGGGCCCAGCAACACCGAUGCGCCGGCGCAUUUGUCGAGCUCAAACAGCCACAUCAGAAAGUCACAUGACCAAUGUAGGAGCUGUUUCGGACUGGCUGACGCACUAAACUGAGUUUAUCAUCAAAUAAACCAAGAGAUAUGAAGUAACCUCAAGGCAAAAGAAAGAUUUCAGCCAUAUGGGACCAUUUGGAUCCAUUUGUUUUAAUUGUAUCAUCCUGUUCCUCCUAGUGAGUUAUCUAAAUUGAAACUAAUUUAAAAUUGUCUUGGUUUGCUGUUUACCGUAGUUCUUUUAAAUAAAUCCUAGUCCACAAAAGUCCAUAUUAACAUGUUCAUUUAAAUUUUCUCAUUUUAUGUUUAUAUUUAUGGAUUGCAUAUAACAUCUCAAACAUAUUUUCAAUUUUAACUAAGAUCUGUAAUAGCACAUUAUAGUAAACGAUGGCUUAAAUCAUAUAGGUCAUCAAAUCUGUGUCAGUUUAGCCUGACAAAGGG